UUAUCUGUCAUUCCCUUUCGAACGACGUACAUAUUUCGAAGUGUAGGUCUAUAUUAAAAUUUUUCACGAAGAGAAUUUCGUAAAAAUGGCAUCUCUCUGUGGAAGAAUUGCUAUUACUGCUGCCCGUAGAAAUUUGUCAUAUUCAUCGGCUCGUUUGUGCAAAGCGAUGAGUGACCCUCUCGAGCACGCAACUGGCAUCGAAAAACGCGAAAUGUUGGCUAUGCAAGCUGGCAAUGAUAAUCCGUUCGACAUGAAGGUAUUCAAAAGAGCCGAAGGAACCAAAGACGCUCCCACACUUAUUCCGUCAGCAUUUGAUGCACGCAUUAUUGGAUGCAUAUGUCAUGAGGAUCAAACAUUUAUCCAAUGGAUGUGGCUUCAUCAAGGUCACCCAAAGCGAUGUGAAUGUGGUUAUUGGUUUAAAUUAGUCGAAAAAGCCCCAGUCUAAUGUAGUUAUCAAUUGUGAGUCAGUUAUUAACGUUAAAACACAGAAGAAAAAGAGAAAAAAAAAACAAUAAAUCUUUGCAAAUUUAAAUGAAAACAUCAGCAGUGGAAAAAUUGUCGGCAGAAGCCUGAAUUGACUUUAAACAAAAACCAAAAAUCUUGAUCGAUUUGUUACUGUUGCAAUCUUUCCAAUGUUUGCUUUAGUAAACGUAAUUUGAAAAGUAAAAAAAAAUAUUGUUUUUCGAACUGCAAACCAACCAACAGCAAUUAUAAUGAACUACAAAAUUAAUAAAAGAAAACAUUAGUUACUCGUAGAGA